GCCCUUCAAAAAAUGGCUCCACCUCUCACACAAUCACAAUCUCAAGCAACCAAAACCAAACCAAAAACCUCAAUCCUACGUUAUAUUGCUAUGAUAAUUUUGUUUUUGAUAAUUCUUGUUGGCAUAGCGGUUCUCAUAAUUUGGCUAGUCCUAAAGCCAAAGCAUUUGCAAUAUAGCGUCGAAGAUGCUGCAAUCCAUAACUUCAACUUAACCGAUGCGGAUCAUCUCUAUGCAAACUUCGAUUUCACAAUAAGAUCAAACAAUCCGAAUUCGAAAGUUUCAAUAUACUAUGACUCUAUUGAGGUUUCGGUUCGAUAUGAGGAUCAAACCCUAGCAACAAAUGCGAUUCAACCGUAUUUUCAACCGCGUAAGAAUGUUACGCGGAUGCAUGUGAGGCUAACCGCUCACACUGUUGCGCUCUUUGAUUCGGUGCCGAAGGAUCUCAAGCUUGAGAAAACUUCUGGGGAUAUUGCGUUGGAUGUGUUGAUUAGAGCAAAGAUAAGGUUUAAGGUUGGAGUGUGGAAAUCGAAACAUCGGGUUUUGAAGGUGUUUUGUUCUAAUAUGUUGGUGAAUUUUUCUAAAGCUAAGACUUUUGAAAGAGAGUCUUGUGACGUUGAAAUGUAAACAUGCAUGCAAAUGGAGAAACACUCUAUGAAGACUUGAUAGUAAUUUCUAUUUUUCUGAAUAAUGAUGUUAUUAUUAUUUUUA